GGUGUGUAUUGUGGCCAAAUAAUGGAUACAAUGAGAAGGAAAGGUGUGGAAUCAGUGCCUCGACAAGAUGAUUUAUUGCAGUUAUUGGUAUAUCAUCAUUUUAUCAGCUGGAUGUAAACUAAAAAACAUCGAAGGAAAUUGUACUUUUUUGCGAAUACGUAAUACCAAUGCUGGUGUAAAAUGAUUGUCAAAAUACUCCACCCGGAGACGUUUCAAAGAUAAAAGACCUUGACAUUUUUUCGAUCUAAUUUUGAUCUGUCACAGUAAUACAUCGCUUCUGGUAAAACGUGGGCGCCGAGGGGGAGAGGGGACAGAAAAAGGGGUGGCUAGCUAAAAGCGAAACGUCUGGUAUUCAGAGUAAUUCAGUGCAAAAAUUUUUUUUCAAUUAGUAUAAAUAUAUUAUUAUAAUUCGAACAAAUGCGUGGAAUUCACUUGAACAUGCUGUCACCGGUGCGCAUCCAUGAGGCCAAGAGGACACGCAAAGGUGUGGAAAGUUUGCAAGGGAGGUUAGGCAACAACUGUGCUGAGAACACUGACAAUCCAGAGACUUGCAUCGAGUACGACGAUGAAAUCGACAGACCAGAAGAGAGUGCCAGCGUAACACGCUGGGACAUAAUAUUCCUGAGUUUCUCUAUCGUUACACAUAUUUUCGAUAUCGGAGCUGACAUUUACUUAGCUGCUCGAUAUCUGAUCUUUGACAAAAUAACGUAUUUUGCUUGGACUAUCGUGUUCAUCAUUUUUCCGACAUUUGUGAAUACGUUCAUCAGCUUCAGAAUGAAUUACCAGGACCGCCAGCUUGGCCUAAUCCCUGUCCAAGAGGAUGGGAAGCAAGGAGGUAUGAUAACGGCAACCACUAGGGCUGCAAGGCGGAAGACGUGGUGUAUCUUGGUGAUUUUGUUUCAAUUUGCCCCAGUUCUCCGUUAUUGGGAUAGUCUUAGAUACGCGUUGAAAGCGCGAAGGUGCGAAAAAGCUGGGGACCUAGUCGGACAACGGCGAUAUUAUCUAAAAAUGAUUAAGGAAGAUCAGAAUGUCGCACUGCUCAGAGUUUUUGAAUGUUUCCUCGAGGCUGCACCUCAGCAAAUCCUUCAACUUACCAUUCUGAUUAAAGACGCUCAUAAAUCUGAAUUGAUUUUUCAAGUAUUGCAGAUAGGCAGCGUGUGCAGCUCCCUUGCCAGUAUGGGUUGGUCCAUGGCGAGUUAUCAUCGAACAAUCCGUUUGGCUCAACAUGACAAAGAAAACAUUGACCGCGUUGGAACAAUUCUUCAAUUCUUGUGGCAUUUCUGUGUUACUGUGUCACGCAUCUUAUCAAUCAGCGUUGUUGCAAGCAUGCAGCCCUUAUACACAGGGCUAGCCUGUGCUUGUCAUUGGAUCAUCAUGACUACCUGGUUGGCCACAGAGCCUGGAGGAGCAGCAGAAUUUUGCCGCGACGUAAAUAACUCACCACUCUCUCCGUUGACAGUACUCGAAAGAAUAAGAUCUGCACUUUUUGCCGCCGUACUAGGCACCGUUUAUGUAUUCACGUACCUAAAUCCAACUGAUGGUCAUACUUUUGUGAGACACUUAUUUUACUAUGCAUUAUGCUCGGUGGAGAACGGGGCUGCCGCAGCUUUAUGGGCUACCGAAGCAGAGCAGGAGAUUCGAGAUCGCUGGUACUUCGAAUUUUUGAUCAUUCUUUGUACCGUGCCAUUUUGUAUAGGUAUCGCAGCUAUGAUUCUUUACUACGUGUUUUUUCAUCCUACAACAAAACGCAAAAACUCCCCCCCUGAACAAGUCACUGCAGUCAGUUGACACAUUACUCAUAGUAGCAUUCAUUUCUCAUUGAUCUUAUUCUCUGUACCGUGGAAUCUAUUUGAUAUAGUAUGUACGCGUCACACUUCGAAAAUCUCUCUGUAUUUCUCUCUGCCUAAACACAUGUUUAUGUACAUAUUUCAAGCAUAGAAUUUUUUUACUUUUCUCGUCAGAUUAUCAUAAAAUUUGUAAGUCUGUGAUAUGCCCAUCUAUCACGUUUCGCAUUCGUUCGAGCUGCGGCAUUCUAAAUUUCCGAAUGAUUAUCUAUUUAUGUAGUACAUAUUUCAACAUAGAAUUUUUUUGAUUUUCUCGGCAAAUUAUCAUAAAAUUUGCAAGUCUGUGAUAUGGCCAUUUAUCACGUUUCGCAUUUGCUAGAGCUGGGGCAUUCUAAAUCUCCUAGUAAUUACCUAUUGCUUUCAUAACGAUUGAUAUUCAGGACGGUCAAUAUAACUAUAACGUUUAGCAUGGAUCAUUUUGACUCAU